AUGUCAACUGAGGAGAGUGAUUUUACAAACAGUACCUCCCCAGGAUCGUUUAAAAGCGUAUAUGAGAACGAUGUGAAGGCCUCUCAAGAGAAAGAAGCAGUUCAAGAAUUAGAACUUAAGAAAAAAAGAUAUGAAUUAAAAAUAAAACAGUUAGAAGCAGAUAUUUCAAAUGCAAAUGCAGAAAGUUUUUCAAGAGAUCAGCUACCAUCUGUAAAAAGUGAAUUAGAAAAGAGUUGCAAUCAAUUAUUUUUACAACGAACUAAUGCAUUAACACUUAAACUCGAACAAGCAAAGGCAGAGAGAUUAAAUCUCGAAAAACAAGUUAAGAGCUUACAAAAAACACUCGAAAAUGAGCGUCGUCUUACUAAACAAUUGGCUGAUGAAAGAGAAUCACAUAAACCUCCUAGACCGCCACCUUUUCCAGAGAUUACACUUCCUGAUUUAUCAUUAUUACGUGAUAAUUAUGCAUUAAUAUACAGAAAACGUGCUCUUGAAGAAGAAAUUCGUGAUGCAGAGCGCCAAUUAUCAGUUAGAAGGCAAGCAAUUGCUGAAAACGAGGGUAAACUUACGAAGUUAAUUAAAGAUAGCAAAGAGGCAACAGCUCAAAGCGAAGCACAAAUCAGACAAGAAACAUUAGAUUUAGCCCAACUUGAAGAGAUGAGAAACAGCCUUAGGGAGCGUCUCGAAUCCAAUAAGCAGAGGCAGAAACAGCUAGAAAAUGAGAAGAGAAUGCUUGCUGCCCAAAUCGAAGCUGCAGAAGCAGAACAAAGAGCAAAAAUUGAUGAAAUCAACAGAAAUUUCCUUGCAGCGCAAAGAGAAUUCGAUGAAGCACGUGCAAGAAAGAAAGCAGAGAUCAGAGAACUUACGAAGAAACUUCAUGAAAACGAAGAACUUAAUCGCGCAAAGAUACAAGAAAAAGAGAGAUUAAUUCUUGAAAUGAACGCAGCGAUUGAGAAGAGAAAUAUUGAAAAAAGACAGAGAGAAGAGGAAAAAAGGAAGCAGCAGCAAAGAAAGAGAAUGGAACAAAGACAAAAGAAUGGAUCACCACAGUCUGGUCCAACACCUGCUGUCUUGCAACUGCAGCAGGAAAUCGCAGAUCUUGAGAAUCAAAAGGCGGAAUUAAUGCGGAAAAGUCAGGAUUUGAUCCGAAAAAUGACUUCAAAUGAAAAGAAACUUGAGGCUACAAAGGCAAAGAUAGAGAGAAAAUUGGCUGAAAGCGAAAGACAGCUAAAGAGAAUGAAGGCUGAGAGAGCUAGCCCUGGUUCUCAGUCUACACCUAUAAAGAAUACACUUGUUGCAGAUGAUUUUGUUGAGUAA